AUGUACAGAGGAUUCAAGGUUGGCCUUCCCAUUGUGGCUUCAAUGGUCUACAUGAACGGCCAAUCAAUCGAGUGUGAAACCAAAAGAAAAUUCUAUGAAGCGGCCACUGAAAACACUAUCCCGGGCCUUCCUUCAGAGCCACUAAAGCCAGAGCCUAGUAAACUAGAGGAGAUCAGAGACUCAAAAGUUGGAUUUUUGCAGGACAAUAUUAAACAUGCGAGAUUGCAGCUCAUUCAAUAUCUUGAUCUUGCCAAGGACAAGUAUAUUCAACAAUCGGAGCAGUAUUAUAAAGUGGAACGCCAAGUGACAGACACACUAUCUUCUCUCCACGAUAAAAGAGAGGAACUGUUUCCAAACUCGCUCUACGUUUUAACCGGAUUUCUGACGGGUGUUGUAUUCACCAGACGCAGCAAUAUUCUCGUCAGAUCUACCGUGCCAUUAUUUUGCGGAGUGGCUGCAUUCAGAUUCUUCCUUCCAUCGACAUUCUCGAACGUCAUUUUUUGGCUUGACAACUACGAAAGAAAACACCAGCCAGAGCUUUGGUCAUCCCAGAAAGACUUGUUCAAUAAGGCAAGCAAAAUGAUCGACCAGGCAGACAAAUUGGCCACAGAAACCGAGUCCGUUGUUGGCAAGUACUUGGAUGAAACCAAAAAGAUGGUGGGAACCUACGCUGGACUCAACGUUGAACAAAAGGUCUCUGAGAAAAAAACUAAAUGA